CCUGCCUGUUAUUUAUGGCGAGAAGAAGCAAAAUGCGCUCGGGAGGCUUUUGCAGGAGGUCGUAUCUCAGUCGGGUGACAUCAGUGCCCUGGACUGGGUGGGUCAAUCAUCCGAAUUCAACAGCUGUAUCCCGGCCGACGUUACUUCAUACAAAGCUACGCCAUACACCGUGCCAUCUCUGUCUGAAGGUGACAUUCAGAUGUCAAUUUCCUCGCUCCGACAUGUCAUGGCUGUAAAUUUGGCUGUGGAGCUUUAUACUCUGCUUGACGACCGGGACCCUCCUCGUUUCGCAAACUGCAGACUACAUCUACCUUGCAUAGUAUUCCCUGUCACAGAAGUCAUACGGAGACCUACUGAAGACAUGCAGACCUGCUUCACGUAUCAAGUCAAGGCAGACGGGCUUCAUGACCUGACGAUCACCAUGAAGCGCAAGUUACCAAGACCCGCUCGACAGUCAUUCUUACUCGUUCGUCCCUGGGAUCGUCGUCUGCUCGAGCUGCCUGACUAUGCAGAUGAUGCAGAGAGUGUGGAUGAUUUUGACCCCCUUGAGUCGCCUGGAGGACAGGGUCCGGUUGAUUCAGAAUUGAGCGAACGUGCAAUGCGAUUGAUCGUUCGCCUUGGGCAGCCGUUCAGCGCAUUCCUGCUAGUGCUACGACAUGGCAAAGAAUACAAGAGAAUCGCAUCAGAUCAUAAUAUCAUUGCACAAGUUAAAGAUGUGCACGGUAUGAUCAAUGUUAAGACGAUAGAGAUCUUGUAACUGUAUGUACUCACUUGUUUUGGAAGAAAUAGAUCUGAACAGUUUUCAUUUUC